GUCCAAUAACGAUUUCCCGCCAUUACAUCGCUAUUUGAAUGCUCGAUACACAAUCUAUCCCGUGGUCGCUCACAAGUCACAAUCAGUUCAUUGUGAAACUCGGUGGUUUGAAGAUUGGUGUGGUGUUUGAUAAGACUGAAUUUUUGUUAUAAUUACCUGAUCCCAAAAAAUGGCAAUCCACAUCAAAGAUGCCGAUGAUUUGAAGAACAGGCUCGGUGAAGCCGGAGAGAAGCUGGUGGUCAUAGACUUCAUGGCUACCUGGUGCGGACCCUGCAAAAUGAUUGGGCCCAAGCUAGAGGAGCUCGCCAACGAAAUGGCUGAUUCUAUAGUAGUACUUAAGGUGGACGUGGACGAGUGCGAGGACAUCGCCACCGAGUACAACGUGAACGCCAUGCCCACCUUCGUGUUCAUCAAGAACUCGCAGAAGCUGGAGGAGUUCUCCGGAGCCAACGUGGACAAGCUCAAGAACACCAUCCUCAAGCUCAAGUAGGCCGGCUCGCGCACCCUCGCUGUGAGCUCGCGGGCACACUGCACACGGACAGUUUUACGUUCGCACACAUGUACAUAGGUCUGUUAACUUAAAAUCGUACCGUUCGGUUUGUGACGCGAACUCGUGGUGGGGCGUCCCAAGCUUAAAUUCACAAAAAACAAGUUUUUAAAAAAGUAACUUAACUAUUAUAUUAUUCCGUGAACCGAGUGUCUCGUCGCCGCCUCGUCCCUGGCGUUGGACUUUGUUACUUCAAUAAAAUGUAUUAAAAUUA